AUGGGAGCUAUAAAGUUAUGUAUUUACGCUGCGUUUAUUUUCGCUGCUUUCAUUGAAGCUUCGCCGUAUAAAUAUUUCCAUAAGAACAUUGAUUCCGCUAACAGAGUAAGGAGACAAAAUCCAUUAGACGACAUGGAUCCCUUCUAUUUAAGCUAUGAAUCAGAUCCGUAUACGUCAAGUGUCCAGAACUUUGGUUUAAUGGUACCUCCACCAAUAAACAUUGAAGUUCCAGGUGCAAAGAAAGCUUAUAGUUGCUCCUUAAUAAAUUGCGGCCCUGAAACCCAAACAGAAGCCGUUUGCGCCUGCAAUUUUAAUACUGGCAAAGUUGUCUCCUUUAAGAAUCAGUGUGAUGUAAUUAAACACAACUGUAGAUUUGAUACAGAAUUUAGGGUCAUUUUACAGGAGAUAUGCCCAUGGGAGUUUCAGUCGAGACGAGACAACAAGCCGAUGAAUUUUGACUACACCAACUCAAAAUACUAUAAUUGA